AGGGCGGGGCGGAGCGGCGGGGCGGGAGCCCGGGCGGGGCGGCGGCGGCGCGGGAGCGCUCACCGGAGACAAAGGCAGCGCCGGGAGGCGGCGGCGGCGCCGCGCACCGGGCGCGCACCGGGCCCCCCUUCCCCUUCCCCCGCCGCCACCGCCACCGCCACCCCAUGGAGCCGCCGCCCGCCGCUGCCUGAGCCACGUGCGCCGCCGCCGCCGCCGGGCACCCUCGGCGGCGGCGCCGUCACAGCGAUGGGCAGCAGCCGGCCCCGCGGCUCGCCUCAGCCCUCCCACCGCCCGGCCCAGCCCGGCGCUCGGGGCGCCGCGUCCCGCCGCCGCCCCCCCGCCUGAGCCCCCCGCUGCCCCGGGCUCCAUGGCGCCGGGCGCCGCGGGCCCCUGAAGGCAGCCCCGGCUCGGCCCGCCGCCGCCUCGGAGCAGCCGCCGCGCGGGGCAUGGGGAGGGCUCCGGCGGCCCGGCCCCACUGAGGCCCCGAGCGCCCCCCCAGCCAGGGCAGGGAGAGGCCGGGGCACCCCCCCGGCAGGCCCACAGCGAAGAUGGUGAUGUCCCAGGGCACCUACACCUUCCUCACCUGCUUCGCCGGCUUCUGGCUCAUCUGGGGCCUCAUCGUGCUGCUGUGCUGCUUCUGCAGCUACCUGCGGCGGCGCAUGAAGCGGCAGCAGGAGGAGCGCCUGCGGGAGCAGAGCCUGCGCACGCUGGAGCUGGAGCCCCUGCACUACGAGGGCUACGCUGGCAGCCCCCCCGGCAUCGCCAUCCCCCACCGGCUCCGCAUCGAGCCCCACCACCCCCACGUCCCUCCCCCGCGGCCCUGGAGCUGCCGGCACGAGUCGGACCUGUCGAAGCCGCCGUGCUACGAGGAGGCGCUGCUGAUGGCAGAGCCGCCGCCGCCAUACAGCGAGGUGCUCAUGGACACGCGGGGGCUCUACCGCAAGAUCAACACCCCCUUCCUGAGCCACGAGCGGCUGGAGAAGCAGGAGCAGCCGCCCAGCUACAAGCCCCUUUUCCUGGACGCCGGCUACGGCUCGGCGCUGCACCUGCCCCGCGCCGCCAGCCCGGGGCCGGCCUGCCCGGACCUCUACCUGCAGGCCGAGUGCUCACCGCGCAUGUUCCCCAGCUGGACGGACUCGGAGCUCAGCAGCAGGGAUGCCUACGAGCCAGGGCCGUGGCACCUGCCCGUCUCCAUGCCCCUCUUCGGCAGGACUACGGCCGUGUAGGGCCCCGGCGGAGCUGCAGCACGGCCGGCAGCCCCCGCCGCGCAAGGGGGCACGGGGUGGGGGGCUCGGGCCCCCGCUUUUCCCGGCGAUGCUACCCCCCGGGACAGGCACAGCGCCCCGGCCCGCGUCGCCACUGCCGUCAGCGCGUGAGGGGCUGGUUCCCCAUCUCGCCCCCCCCGCCAGCCCCCCCCGCUGCGGCUGGGGGGGCUCGGAGCUGGGCCCGGACUCUGCUCUGUUUCUUAUCUUGUUUGUUACAGUUUGAGAAUAAAAGUUUGUGGAAGCG